ACUUGUGGCGUUUUUCUUAAUGUUGUUUAAUUGAAGUUGCAUUUUCGCCUUGAAGAACUGCAUUUCUUCCGAUGUCAUCUUAUUAUCUUUAGAUGCCUUUUUUAUUGUUAUCAUUUUCAAUCUGUGCUCCAUUACUAGUAAUUGGUGAUCGGAUCUGCAAUCAUCACCUAGGUAGGUUUUGCAAUUAGUUAUUGAUGUUUUUCUUGAAUCUGUCUCCCGGUGAUAUCCAAGUUUUACUUAUUAAGUUUAUUUUCUUGGCAUUUAAACAUUCCACGCUUUUUUAAGCUAAGAGUAUGAAAUAAAAUUAUAACACGCACGUGUUAAAACGUGUGGUUAAAACACAUUCUCUAUUAUAAGAGUCCUAUUUUGGAGUUUCAGCCCCAUCAUUUCUAGUCAGCAUGCUAAUUAUUGUGAAACAUUGUCAUUGUUUUUAAAAUUAAAAUUUAUUUUAUUAACAUAUGGUUAUUAUUAAUAUAUAUUAUCAAUAGGUAAAAGUAAAACAAGCAGAUAUUAACCCGGAUUAGGUUUAAUAAAUUCACACGGCGACAUAUGGCCCCCGAUGACGACGUACGGGGUGACAUAUGGCGUGGGAUAAGUCAACAACUAACAGGUAUUUCUUAUCGGGAUUCGCGUCGAUUUGAAACGAAACUUUUAGAUAACGCUAAUAGAGUAUAAAAGCUUUGAGCUUUUGAGCGUACAAAGUUUUUUCUUCGUCGAACGGCACACGAGACAAAAAUAUGGAAAAGUGCAACAACGGGUUUAAAACGAGUCACAAAUUUCCUAUUCACAAAGGCAUAUUAAGACGAUCAAAGGCGAACGCUCGAGAAAGAAAUCGAAUGCAUGGACUUAAUGCCGCUUUAGAUAGAUUAAGAAGUCGUAUGCCGAUAACAAGAACUCAUGUCGAUAUGCAUUCAACGCCACAAAAAUUAUCAAAAAUCGAGACACUCCGUUUGGCACGAAAUUACAUUUCAGCGAUGACUCAAACGUUACAAGAAGGAAGACCAAUGGAAAUUACAAGAUUUAUUAAAAUACUUAGUAAAGAUUUAAGUCAAACGACGGCAAAUCUCUUAAGUGGAGCUAUUUUGGGAUAUUCCCCCCAAAAUGUUUAUAAUAAUUACGUUUCUAAAAGCGACGUGAAUUAUCUCAAUGGAUACAACACAAAAAAUUUCGGCGAUAUUCCAAAUUAUAACGCGAUUUGUUACGAUUCUAAUUAUACGAAUUGGUUUUAUAACAAUAAUUCAAAUUAUUUAAAUGAUUAUUCUAACUGGUAUAACAUUGAAAGGUAAAAAUCGAAUAAUCAUAAAUAGUGCUAAUGUAAAUUCAAGGUGUUUAAUAGCCUGUAUAACGAAUUAACUCUAGUCAUUUUUUUAUACAAAUAAAAUUUUUUUGAAACAA